GUGUGCCAUUUCAGCCGGAUUGCCUGUGGUCAAACCCAGCUUUCUGCGCCGAUGCGCGAAGCUGGGCUAUGUACCGGAGGUGCGAGGCCAAGAUUUGUUGAAGGAUCGCAUUGGAGAAGGGAUCCUCGCAACCCGCUUCUGUGCUCAGGGCUACAACUUGGCGGAGGUCUGUGCACGUGCUGCGACCCGGCGCUUGCUGAAAGACUUCAAGGUCUUUGCCAUUCGCCAGGCCAAUGUGAUGGAGCGGAGCAAAGUCAAGGCCUUGGUCUUGGCUGCGGGCGGCACAUGGCUCGAGGAUCUGCCUGAAUUGCGGCCUGGGGAUCUGCUGACCUUUGGGCCGAGUUCCCCAGAAGCCAUGUAUGAUCUGGAGGCUCUUUUGGAAGCUGCUUGCACCCAGCGCCUGCGCCUAGAGGCCUUCAAACUGAAGCCAGCGAGAAGCAAAGCGCAGUGCCAGCCAAAAAAAAGAG